UUCAGUCUACCGCAGCUCUCCGAACGACAAUCAGCAACAAUGACCGGACGCGGCAAAGGAGGAAAAGGUUUGGGAAAAGGAGGCGCCAAACGUCAUCGUAAAGUGCUCCGGGACAACAUCCAAGGAAUCACCAAGCCGGCCAUUCGUCGGUUAGCCCGCCGCGGUGGUGUCAAACGUAUCUCCGGCCUGAUCUACGAAGAGACCCGCGGAGUGUUGAAGGUGUUCCUGGAAAACGUAAUCCGCGACGCCGUCACCUACACCGAGCACGCCAAGAGGAAGACCGUCACCGCCAUGGACGUGGUCUACGCUCUGAAACGCCAAGGCCGCACUCUGUACGGAUUCGGAGGUUAAUUCCCGACGACCGUUCGCUUUGCACCCUACCUACUGUUCUUUAAAACGGCCCUUUUCAGGGCCACCAUUUUAUAUUAUUACAAUUAUUCAUUAACGUUUAUGUCAUUUAAUGCAAUUCGCAGUCGGCUACAUGAGUACG